ACCUCCCUCACUCUUCUAAUUUGUUGCUAAUGUUUUUUUGGGAGUGGUUUUGUUUGUUAAUUUAAAGCGUUUAUUUACCUCGAGCUUAUCUGGUAUUUGCCCAUCGAGAUUACAGAAGCAACAAGAUGAAAUCCUGGGAGAUAGCUGUGGUGGCACUGGCGGCCGUUUACUUGUGUUCGCAAGUUAACUUCGUGGCCGGUCUGGAGUGCUAUGUGUGCUCCAACCAGACGGGCAACACGGAAAAGUGCCUGAACACGAUCAAGACCUGCGAGCCCUUCGAGAACGUCUGCGGCACGGAGAUCCGCUGGGGCUCCCAGCCGUACUUCUCCGAGGGAGCCUUGAAACAGUACUACGUGUCCAAGCGCUGCAUGACCAAGGAGCAGUGCCAGUCGAAGAGGAAGCGCUACAUGCAGCUGUACUGCACCCACAUCUGGUACGAGGAUUGGGCCUGCAACGAGUGCUGCCAGGGCGACAGGUGCAACUACUUUGUGAUUAGUGGUGCUCCUUCGAGGCAGGGUUUAGGAGUUGGUCUGACCCUGUUCAUCACCCUUUUAGGCCUGGGAUCCUGGCUCAUUUCACGCUCUUAG